GCGCACAGCCGCUCGCUUACAAGCAACAUUCUACCUCUCUCCUCUCCUCCUCCUACCCCCGAGACAAUCACAGGUCUCUCUCCUUUCCUCCUUCCUGUUCUCAAGGUACUUGUGAAACAAGCAACAACCAAUACAACGUCUAUCUUGGAACGCACCUUGACCCCGCAGCGACGGCAGAGCGGCCGACUUCGCCCACAAUGGGUAGCCAGGUCACGACUGUCCACGAGGCUGCGGCCGUGGACACUUUCUAUCCUCCCAAGAAGAUGUUUGCCAAGCACCCCAGUAAGCCUCAUAUAAAUGGCAUUGAGGAAUACCAGCAAAUGUACAAGGAGUCCAUCACAAACCCAGAUAAAUUUUGGGGCGAGAAGGCCAGGGAACUGUUGACGUGGCAGCGAGAUUUCCAGACAGUGCGUUCUGGGAGCUUGAUCAAUGGCGAUGCGGCGUGGUUUCUUGAGGGUUCGCUCAAUGCUGCCUACAACUGUGUCGAUCGCCACGCCUUCAAGGACCCCGAUCGGGUUGCCAUUAUAUACGAGGCCGAUGAGCCUGGUGAGGGCCGCAACCUGACGUAUUCGGAAUUGCUCCGUGAGGUUUGCAAGACCGCUCAAGCUCUGAAGCAAAUGGGCGUGCGGAAAGGCGACACGGUCGCUGUAUACCUUCCCAUGAUUCCGGAGGCGGUCAUUGCUCUGCUUGCCAUCACCCGUAUCGGCGCGGUGCACUCAGUUGUCUUCGCCGGCUUCUCCUCUGACUCGCUUCGCGACCGUGUGAUUGAUGCCAAGUCAAAAGUUGUCAUCACGACGGACGAGGGAAAGCGCGGUGGCAAGCUGAUUGGUACCAAGAAGAUCGUUGAUGAAGCGCUCAAGCAGUGCCCAGACGUCUCUCACGUGCUCGUCUACAGACGCACCGGCGCUGAAAUCCCUUGGACCGAAGGACGCGACUACUGGUGGCACGAGGAGGUGGAGAAGUGGCCGUCGUACAUUGCACCAGAGUACGUCAACUCGGAAGACCCCCUUUUCCUGCUCUACACUUCGGGUUCGACAGGCAAGCCCAAGGGCGUCAUGCACACGACGGGAGGAUAUCUUCUUGGCGCAGCGAUGACUGGAAAAUAUGUCUUCGACAUCCACGACGGAGAUAAGUAUUUCUGCGGUGGCGACGUAGGCUGGAUCACCGGCCACACAUACGUUGUUUACGCGCCUCUUCUACUAGGUGUGACGACUGUUGUUUUCGAGGGAACUCCCGCUUACCCAGAUUUCUCGCGGUACUGGGACAUUGUCGACAAGCACGAGAUCACACACUUUUACGUUGCACCGACAGCACUGCGGCUGCUUAAGCGCGCCGGAGACGACUUUGUCAAGCGUGAUAUGAACAAGCUGCGUGUCUUGGGUUCUGUUGGCGAGCCCAUUGCUGCCGAGAUCUGGAAGUGGUACCACGAGGUCGUUGGCAAGGAGCAGGCCCAGAUUGUGGAUACGUACUGGCAAACCGAGACUGGAUCCAACGUGAUUACACCGCUGGCUGGCGUCACCCCAACCAAGCCCGGCAGUGCCUCGUUCCCGUUCUUCGGUAUUGAGCCGGCGAUUGUUGAUCCGGUUUCUGGCGUAGAGCUCAAGGGCAACGAUGUUGAGGGUGUGCUUGCGUUCAAGCAGCCAUGGCCUAGCAUGGCUCGGACUGUGUAUGGUGCGCAUAAGCGAUACAUGGACACUUAUUUGAACGUGUACAAGGGCUACUAUUUCACUGGAGACGGAGCUGCUCGCGACAGCGAUGGAUACUACUGGAUCCGCGGCCGCGUCGACGACGUUGUCAACGUGAGCGGACACCGCCUCUCGACCGCUGAAAUCGAGGCAGCGCUCAUCGAGCACGCAGCGGUGGCUGAGGCGGCAGUCGUCGGCGUCGCUGAUGAGCUUACCGGCCAGGCUGUGGCCGCUUUCGUGUCGGUAAAGGACGGGAGCGAGUCGUCCGAUGCCCUGCGCAAGGAUCUUAUCCUGCAGGUCCGCAAGAGCAUCGGACCCUUUGCCGCGCCCAAGGCUAUCUACAUUGUGCCUGACAUGCCCAAGACCCGCAGCGGCAAGAUCAUGCGUCGCAUCUUGAGGAAGAUUCUUGCUGGGGAGGAGGACCAGCUUGGCGAUAUUACCACGCUCUCUGACCCAACAAUCGUGGGUAAGAUUAUCGAUACUGUGCAUGCAGCCAAGAAGAAUUAGAUGGCUUUGCAUCUCACAAAGCAGAAGACGAUGACGGCGGGUUCGUCAUGACAGGAAUAAGGCCCAGCCUACAAACAAUGAGGCGUGGGAGUAUAACGACUCGGAAUUUAAUGAGGAUGGUAUCGGAACUGGGACUGGGACUGGACAAGCGCGAAUGUGAAGAGCAGAAUAGAAGCGGUGGUACAAUUUUGGGUGUGGCCGGGUUUCCUGGCAGGCCGAUGUAGUGGCGCGGAUUCGUCAUCAACGAGACUGGGAAUUUCGAGCAGGAGUAUUGGGGAUAUGUGAUUUUCCUCGCAAUGAUAUCUCAUCCUAGGACAGCAGUCAUGAACAGAGUUGGUUGGCAUUCCA